AUGCUCAGAGCCUGUAACGCGGCUUGGAUGCGUGUUCGGGUUGAACGGCAAGUCCAGCGGUGACCAAGGAUAAACAGCCCAGGAAAAAAAAAGGAAGCGAGAUUGGGGACUUUUAAUUUGUUGUUUUUAAAGAAAACUUGGAUUUUUCUUUUGGAAACUCAGGUGAUCGUUUUUAUCCAAAAGAAGCAAAAUGGGACGAGGAGAAGGUCGAGAACAAUAUGAGCUGGCGGCCACCUCUGAGCAGGGGGGCAAAAAGUCAAAGCCCAAGGGCAAGAAAGAGAAGGAUAAAGACAUGGACGAACUCAAAAAAGAGGUGGACUUGGAUGAUCACAAACUGUCCCUGGAUGAACUCAAUAGGAAAUAUGGCACUGACUUAAACAAGGGAUUGUCUGUUGCUCGUGCUAGGGAGAUCUUGGAACGUGAUGGACCCAAUGCUUUGACCCCACCUCCAACAACCCCAGAAUGGGUCAAGUUCUGCAAGCAACUCUUUGGAGGAUUCUCAACUCUCCUGUGGAUUGGAGCCAUCCUUUGUUUUCUUGCCUACGGCAUCCAGGCGGCCUCCGAGGAGGAACCUGCCAAUGACAACUUGUAUCUGGGUAUUGUGCUCUCUGCUGUUGUAAUGAUCACUGGAUGUUUCUCAUACUAUCAAGAAGCCAAGAGCUCCAAGAUCAUGGACUCUUUCAAGAACCUUGUCCCUCAGCAAGCCUUGGUCAUCCGUGAUGGUGAGAAGAAUAAUAUCAAUGCUGAAGAAGUUGUGGUUGGAGAUCUCGUGGAAGUCAAAGGUGGUGACAGAAUUCCUGCUGAUCUGCGAAUCAUUUCUGCUCAUGGAUGCAAAGUGGACAACUCUUCCCUCACUGGCGAAUCUGAGCCCCAGAGUCGUACUCCUGACUUCUCCAAUGAAAACCCACUUGAGACCAGGAACAUUGCGUUCUUCUCUACCAACUGUGUUGAAGGUACUGCAAGGGGGGUCGUCAUUAACACCGGUGACCGCACUGUCAUGGGUCGUAUCGCCACUCUUGCUUCUGGUCUUGAAGUUGGUCGCACCCCCAUCUCUAUUGAGAUCGAGCACUUCAUCCACAUCAUCACUGGUGUAGCUGUCUUUCUGGGCGUGUCCUUCUUUAUCCUCUCUCUGAUCCUUGGAUACUCUUGGCUGGAAGCUGUCAUCUUCCUUAUUGGUAUCAUUGUUGCUAAUGUGCCAGAGGGUCUCUUGGCUACUGUAACUGUCUGCUUAACUCUGACCGCCAAACGAAUGGCAAAGAAGAACUGCCUGGUGAAGAAUCUGGAAGCCGUGGAGACUCUUGGCUCGACCUCCACCAUCUGCUCUGACAAGACGGGAACGUUGACCCAGAACCGAAUGACCGUCGCUCACAUGUGGUUUGACAACCAGAUUCAUGAAGCAGACACCACAGAGAACCAGAGUGGAACCUCGUUUGACAGGAGCUCUGCUACUUGGGCCGCCCUCGCACGUGUCGCCGGUCUCUGCAACCGUGCCGUCUUCCUUGCGGAGCAAGAAAAUAUCGCAAUUCUUAAGAGAGAUGUGGCUGGUGACGCCUCCGAAUCUGCCCUGCUGAAGUGUAUCGAGCUCUGCUGUGGAUCGGUGAAAGAGAUGAGAGAAAAAUACAGCAAGAUUGCAGAGAUCCCAUUCAACUCUACCAACAAAUACCAGCUAUCCAUUCAUAAGAACAUCAACAGCGAUAAAACUGAAACCAAUCACCUGCUGGUAAUGAAAGGCGCUCCUGAAAGGAUCCUGGACAGGUGCACCUCUAUUUUGAUCCAAGGAAAAGAGCAGCCACUUGAUGAUGAGAUGAAGGACGCCUUCCAGAAUGCGUACUUGGAACUUGGUGGCCUUGGAGAAAGAGUACUUGGUUUCUGCCACUUCAACCUUCCCGACGAACAGUUUCCUGAGGAUUUCCAGUUCGAUACGGAAGAGGUGAACUUCCCCACUGAGAACCUGUGCUUCAUUGGUCUCAUGUCCAUGAUCGAUCCUCCUCGUGCUGCUGUACCAGAUGCUGUGGGAAAGUGCAGGAGUGCUGGAAUCAAGGUUAUCAUGGUUACUGGUGAUCAUCCAAUCACAGCAAAGGCCAUUGCCAAGGGAGUGGGCAUCAUCUCUGAGGGCAACGAGACCGUUGAAGACAUUGCUGCUCGCUUGAACAUUCCUAUUAAUGAGGUCAACCCAAGGGAUGCCAAGGCUUGUGUUAUCCAUGGUGGAGACCUGAAGGAUCUGACCCCUGAGCAAUUAGAUGACAUCUUGAAGUACCACACAGAGAUUGUGUUUGCCAGAACUUCUCCUCAGCAGAAGCUGAUUAUCGUUGAAGGCUGCCAGAGACAGGGUGCCAUUGUAGCCGUGACCGGUGAUGGUGUCAAUGAUUCUCCAGCUCUGAAGAAGGCUGACAUUGGUGUGGCUAUGGGUAUUGCUGGAUCUGACGUCUCCAAACAGGCUGCUGACAUGAUCCUUCUGGACGACAACUUUGCCUCAAUUGUCACUGGAGUGGAAGAAGGCCGUCUUAUCUUUGACAACUUGAAGAAGUCCAUUGCCUACACCCUGACCAGUAACAUCCCUGAGAUCACCCCCUUCCUCUUCUUCAUCAUUGCCAACAUCCCUCUUCCUUUGGGCACAGUCACCAUUCUCUGCAUCGACCUGGGAACGGACAUGGUUCCUGCUAUCUCAUUGGCCUAUGAAGCUGCUGAGAGUGACAUCAUGAAGCGUCAACCGAGAAACCCCAAGACUGACAAACUUGUAAAUGAGAGACUAAUUAGCAUAGCCUACGGCCAGAUCGGUAUGAUUCAAGCUCUGGCUGGGUUCUUCACAUAUUUUGUCAUCUUGGCUGAAAAUGGCUUCCUGCCAUCGUCAUUGCUGGGGAUUCGAGUGUUUUGGGACGACAAAUACAUGAAUGACCUGGAGGACAGUUAUGGCCAGCAAUGGACGUACGAACAGAGGAAGAUUGUGGAGUUCACAUGCCACACCGCCUUCUUCACCAGUAUUGUGAUCGUACAGUGGGCUGAUUUGAUCAUCUGCAAGACCAGAAGAAACUCAGUCUUCCAGCAAGGAAUGAAGAAUAAGAUUCUCAUCUUUGGACUGUUUGAAGAAACAGCUCUGGCUGCUUUCCUGUCCUACUGUCCAGGCAUGGAUGUGGCCCUCAGAAUGUAUCCAUUGAAACCAAACUGGUGGUUCUGCGCCUUCCCAUACUCACUCCUCAUCUUUAUUUAUGAUGAAAUCCGAAAACUUAUCAUUCGACGCAGCCCAGGAGGUUGGGUGGAGAGGGAGACCUACUAUUAAAGCAUCCAGUCUGCAUCACACAAGUUUAUUUGCAUGGUUGUCUCGCUGCUCGGAAUUUUAUCCUCUGUAAUUUGGAUGUUUUUAUAUAGGGAAUGCUUGAUACAAACACUCAGAUCAUGAACCAAGACAUUGCGUGCCUUGUUUCCAAAGCCGGACCAAUUUUAUACAUGUUUUUAAAAGUGUUCUAUCAAAAUAAACUUGCGGUCAGGUCCCA